AUGUCGGAUAAAUUGGGAAGAUUUGAUUUUCUCCCUCUCGAGGUCGGAGCAAUCGGAACAGAUCGCAUUUACGUUAUUUGGGACUCGACAAAUAUAUUUAGCGAACCUGGUGAUCACGAUAAUCGAUAUGCCGAACUUACAAUCAAACGGCAGGAAAGUGGCAACAUGCAAGGAGGCCGAGUUUCCGAUUUAUCUAUUAACGCGGCCACAGGACACUACGUAAUAAGGAAAUUGAAAUAUUGCACUCUGUAUCAAAUCGACGACGAAGUUAACACAUGCGAACGUCAAUUUCACAGCGUUCAAGAAUCCUUAGUUCGUUUGAAGUGAGCUUCGGCGUUCGAAAAAGACGUGGAAUAUCAUCCAACUGUAAGGAUCGUGAAUAAAACUACGGACACCGUGACGAUCGGAUGGUCGCAGCCACCGCCGGAGCUCCGGCAAAGCAUCGACGCCUAUCUGAUAUCAGUGGAAAGCGGCAACGAAAAGGAAAAACAUUUUCGUUGGCAGCAGUUCAGGGCUGAUGGAGGUAAUGAAGCAAUCGUCCGCCUUUCAUCUUCGAUCAGCUACGAUCUAGGGGUUCGAGCUUGUUUCGGGGAUUUCUGCCCCGACCGACGUGCGAGUGACGUCCUGAGAGGCGUGACGACGGACGAUAAAGCUCGCGGAGAACAAUUACGUGCGAGACCACAAUCGCAAUCUGAUAUGGAGUCUUCGGUACUGACAAUGAACGUAACUCGAGAUGGAAGCAAUACAACAGCAGGCAACAACGCCUCCUUCACUUGCAGCGUCAGCGUUCAGGGAUACGAGGGUUGGUGGACCAAGGCGGGGGAACGUCUCACUUGGUUCAAUGAUUCUGAUGGUGGGAUUGACUGGACUAUAACUGUCGGUGAGCCUGAGGAAGGAAUCGCUCGAGAUUACACCUGCGUAGCUAAGAAUACCAAGGAUUCGCAUCCUGGUGGAAGAAUGCUCGUCACAGUAAUACCGCCCACAGAAAACAUAAUUGAAGGAGCUAAGAUCGUGUAUGCAAAACCGGGCGAGCCGACAGCACUGUUGUGCGAUUUCUUCGGACUUCGGCGAUCGAACUUCGAGUGGCAAGAAGUCUCGCCGAGACUCGCAGUUCAGUUGGACAGCGUCUCCCUUAUAUCGAAUGUCAACAAGACUCACGUCAGGAUGAUGCUGCAUAUUGCGAAAACGUCAUACAACUACAGUUCUUAUGAUUACCUAUGCCAGGCAAUGAGUGACAGACUGCCGAGGAUCGCAACUUCGGUUCGAGUCGAAGUCUCCUACGAUUCGCCAUUGCAAUUGACCGCCUUCGUCGUAGGGUUGGAGCUAGUUCACUUACGCUGGUUCGACAGAGUAGCCCGAGGAGACACGCAUCUGAUACGAUCCUCGGAAAACGGUUCUCUUGAACGGGAAGACGUAUUCUCGGUGCAAGUUAAAGAGGGCAGGAUAUAUAACCACUUAUGUAGGAGACAGUUGAGACGCGGCACUUUUUAUUGGUUCGAACUUGUUGUAAUUAGCUCGGGAAGACGACUCGCAAGUACUUACUCCGGACUUAUCACGCCCGCGGAAAGAGACCCUUCGUAUUUUCCAAACAUCACUGUAAUAUCGAAGACGACAAAUCUUAUAGCCAUCGAAUGGACAGAGCCACCAGAAGAGCUACGCGCUUACAUUCAGCUGUACCGUAUAUCAAUCAAUUAUACGUACAACGGAACAGAAAUUGUUGAAUCAACAAACACUACGGAAACUUAUUUCAACGUCCAAAAUCUCCAUCCUUCAACCAGCCAUAACUUCGAAGUCAAAGCCUGCUUCAGCGACUUGAGUACGGAUUGUUAUUCCAGUGACGUUCAAAGGGACGUCUUCACAGAAAGCGUAGAAGUGGAUUCCGGGAACCAAGUUGAAAUAUGGCUACCUCUUACGGGAAUUUCCUUCCUUCUCGCCAUUCUGGGAGCCCGGCGUUUUUACAAGAAGGCUCAGAAGCGAAGGAUUUUAAGAGAACGACUUGCAUAUUUCUACACCCAGAAUCCGACUUCUUUCAAUCCGGAACUUUCCAUAAAUGAUCAGGCAGAUUUAUUGCCCUACCAGAAGGAAUGGGAAUUUCCACGAAAGCUCUUGAGACUUGACGAGGAACUGGGAAGAGGCUCGUUUGGAAUAGUCUGGAAAGCCAGGGCGAAAACGAUCCGUCGACCCGAGGCGAUCUCGGUGGUUGCGGUCAAGACGGUCCCACCGACAGCCAGCCUGCGCUGCAUGAAAGCUCUUCUUCGCGAACUCAAGAUUCUCGUCUAUCUCGGUCACCAUCCGAACAUCGUCAGCCUCCUCGGUGCCUGCACCAAGAAUCUUGAUUAUGGCCAACUCUUGGUCAUCGUGGAAUUUUGCCGCUUCGGGAACUUGCACGACUACUUGUGGCGCUCCAGGUCAAAGUUCGUCGAUGAAUUGUGUACCGUCUCUGCGAAAAUCCCAGAUCCUGAUGCUGAGAAUUAUUCUAUCGACGUCAGAAGCUGUAGUACAAACUCGGCACCACGUUGGGAAGAUGCUAUUUCAGCAGUGAAAGAUUUGGGUAACAGGACCGAUCAACUGGGUACGAGUGAAGGGGCGGGAGUUUCGGCUACCGGAAACAACUCACAAUUACCGGAACUUGAGCCGCCAACCAAGUACCCGGGUGACUUUACAAAUGCGGAAUUGGAUCCGGUUCGCACGCGAGACUUGGUGUCUUGGGCUUGGCAGAUUUCACGCGGAAUGCAAUAUCUUGCUGCCAAAAAGGUGCUGCACGGUGACUUGGCAGCGAGGAACGUAUUGCUUUUGGAGGAUAACGUCGUGAAAAUAUGUGACUAUGGCCUGUCCAAGUCCCUCCAGGAGGACGACCAGUACAAGGACCAAGGAAACGACCCUCUUCCCGUCAAGUGGAUGGCCAUCGAAUCCCUCAGAGACGGGAUAUUCUCGGUAAAAUCCGACGUCUGGUCUUUCGGAGUCUUGUUAUGGGAAUUGUUUUCGCUCGCCAAAACUCCUUACCCCGGAAUCAACCCCCAAGACAUGUGCGAAACACUUGCCGGUGGUUAUCGAAUGGAGCGACCAAAGUACUCACCCAAGAGUAUUUAUCAGACGAUGCUGCGAUGCUGGAAAACGGAUCCGUCGAAUCGACCCUCUUUUGAUGAGCUUGAGCGCUGCGUCGGUGAUUUGCUAGAGGAGAACGUCAAAAUGCAUUACCUCGAAUUGUAUACUCGACGCGCCAAGGUGUACACCGAAAUCACAGAAUUCCGGAAGACACCGGCUUCCGAGACUCACGAUCCGAGUCCCCUUGAUCCAGUUGAACCGAUAAACACGAAUCCAGCGAUGCUUCCGCAAACUGGACAACCAUUGCUGAAUUCUGUCUUCAGACACACCCUUCCACCCUUGGACGUAGGAUCGACGUUCCGUCAUGUAACAGUGGAUUGUUUGACCUGA